AUGAUGCAAGUCAGGAAGUUUAAGUGCGACGUUAUCGGACUGACCGAGACGAGACGGAGCCAACCACUGAACUACGUGUAUGAUACUGGAGCAGAACUGUUCUUAGGAACAUGCGACAGUAGAGAAGUUCUUGGAGUUGAUGUCCUCCUCAACACGAGUAUGGCAGUGAACAUUGACUUUUCGAACAACUUACAACCCGAAUCGGACGUUGACGGAUGA